AUGUCCUCUUCUACGACCAAGCCCAAACCCAAACCACGCUCCUCUGUGGCCGGCAGCGCCUCCUCGUCGGUCCCGGACGCGGUCGACCCCAAGCUGAUGGAACUCGCUCGCCAAAUCGGGAUCAACCGCUUCAACGCGCUCGUGCAGUCCCGCGCGCGCAGCACCAGUACCUCCACUCCCACCGCACCACCCUUGAACCCAGCUCCCGUUCCAAGUGCGACUAGUCUCGCAACGCCCGAGUCCAGUCGGAGCAAAGCAGCCAAGGUUCCUGCGGAGCGCAAACCGACCUCGAAGCGAAAGUCCGUCAACUCGAUGGCCCUUCCGGUAGUCGAAACACCACCGAGCAAAAAGGGCAAAUCGACGUCCAACCAUGGCAAGCACCAAAAUGACGAAGACGUCAAUGGCAAUGCUAAUGAUGCCCCUACCAACGAUGACGAGGAGGAGCGCAAGGCUCGAAAGAAGCAGCGAAAGUUGGACAAAAAGGAGGCUAAACGCAAGGCCGCUCUCGAGGCCGAAGCCGACAUGGAAGUCGAUGAAUUGGCAUCACCCGUCAAGGACAGUAAAAAGAAGAAGCGAAAGAAGGAGCAGGAGAGGACGGACAAGGAGGUGAAGAAACGGUCGAAGAAGAGCAAGAAGCUGGACAAGGGCAAGGGCAAGGAGGUGAGCGCGACAUCCUUCGAAUGUUUUUCCUGACACGGAAUUGAUGAUCUCAAUACACUUUGCUUGGUCACCGCAGAUCGUGCAGGAUAACCUGAACGAGUCUUUUUCGUCCGCGGCAAACCACCACCCGAGCCCGCCUCCAAAACCCAUCGCCGAGGCCAAAUCCAAGUCCAAGUCGAGCAGCAAACGGCCUCGACCUUCCGAGCUUGAUUCCAAAGUCGCGGUCUCGCCCGUCAAAACUCCCCGCAAGAAGCGCAAGCUUGCGAACGGCUCGUCUGCGGCCGUCCCGUCCACUCAAGCCAACACCGCCGUUUCGGCCCCUGCCCGUCCAGCAGUGAAUGGUCUCCCUUCGACUUCCACCGACUCGCGAGACCUUGAACAAUUGUUGGUGCAGACGGUGAACGUGCUACGCGCGUCUCCUUCGUAUGCACAUGAAUCUGGCGUGUUUGGGGAAGGCAUUGUUCAGCUGUUCCAGGCUCUGGUCGCCAAGGUGGCGAGUGCCGACAUGCGACCAGAGGCUCCGCCGGCGUCGAACCACGACGACGAUGAUUCGACGACACCCGAGGAGGACGAGCAACAUCGUCGGUUGAGCCAGAACAGCGGUCGCGCGCCUUUGAACGGUACCGAGGCUCCUGUGGCCUCGUCCUCGACCUCGUCGUCAACGCGCCCCGCUCUCACCUCGACGUUUGCGGCACGCCCUACCGCCGCCCCUACCGCCACCCCUACCGCCGAGGCGCCCGAGACUGAAGCCGAAGCCGCCAUAAAGGCCCGUGCCGCCAAAGCCGCCAAAAAGUUGCUCAAGAAGGAGCGACGCGAGAAGAAACAACAAAAGGAGAUAGGCGCAGAGGCGCCGUCGAGCCCACCCGAGGAGCAAGAGGUCGUCUCCCCCGCGCCUGAUGAGGAGGACGGACCCGCGACGCCCCUUUCGUCGCCCGACAAGAGCGAGAGGAUGAACAAGGAGCGGCCAAUUCGGAAGCGAUUGGGCAAGCUGGAGAAGGGCGCCUUGAGGUCAAUGAGUCAGUCGGCCGGGUCCUCGAGACAAUCCUCCUUGGCGCCGACUUUGACGUUGCCACCAGCUCGAGAGGAGAUCGUGAUCAAGGUGUCGGACUCGCAAGCGGAGGAAGCGGAACGCGCGGCUAUUCGAGCGGCCGAAGCCACAAUCGAGUCGUCGGCCUCUUCUCCCGACGAGGAGGGUCCGCUCAACCACAGCACCGACCCCACCAUUCGCUUCCGUGGCGAAGACGACGAGGCUUCAGAGAACGAGAUUGAUCAACUCGCCUCGACACCCGUGCUGGCGAGACCUUCUCACCCCCUUCGUCAGGCUCCACGUUCGACCAUCUCGGCCUUCUCUUCCGAGGAUGACCCGGAGGAGAUUGAACUCUCGCUGAGGACCCAUGCUUCCCCACGGAAGGAUCGACCGUUGUCUCUGGACCCCGAGGUGGAGUCUGGAGACGAGUCCGAACCCCGGACCGAGGAUGACGAUGUGGAGGAGAAUCACAAGGAGGAAGACGGCCACGCGAGAGAGAACAUCAAUGACGGCUUAAAGGAACAGCAUGAGAACAGGGGGGAAGGAGACGACGAGCCGCCAACACGGCCCAAGAUCGAGCACGAUGGCGAUGCAGCCAUGGCCGAUGCGCAAGCGCAAGACGAGUCCCACGUCGAGGAGGACGCCGUUCGCCGAGCAAGCCCGAUCACGAACGGUGUUGUGCCUUCACCGGGUCAACGACAACCCGUCGAUCCCGUCAACGUCCCGCUCCCUCCUUCUCCCUCCCCACCACCCCCAAUUCGCACUAUUGGCCACGAUGAUUCCGACGCCAGCUCCUCGUCCGAUGACGACGAUUCCGACUCGUCGUCCUCGUCGACGGCUUCGAACCGAGCGUAUCGUAAACCUUCUCGCCCAUCGAUCGGUGCCGUAGCGACGAGUGCCUUUGGCUCGGCGGCAUCGAUGCGCAGAAACCGCGCUAAGCGUCAGUCGAGCCCGCUCAAGACCUCGUCACUCGCGCGGACGCUGUCGAGCACCGGUCCGGAGGUCGACAAGGACGCCGAGAUGGAGGAGGACGUUGACGAGCUGUUGUCGCAACCAGUUCCCAAGAGUGCGGUCCAGAAGCUGUUGCAGAAUGCGGAGGAGGAGGAGCAGCGACUUGAAGACCCCAGGGGCCGGUCGACGUCGGUUUCCUCCUCUGAAGCCGACACGAACACCGCCGGGGCGGUCGCAGAACCCUCAAAGGAAGGCGCCGUGGAGGAGCAGAGGAACGGAGGUGGCGAAGCUGACGCUGGUAGCACGCAAUCCCUCAAGGAAGUCAACAACAGUCUCGAAGCGACGACCGCGGAACCCAUGGAAGCGGUGAACCUCUCGGACAUCGCAGCGCAGGCGAGCAGCGCCCCCGGCACGCCUUUGAUGAUGGACACCGAGGCUUCUCAGUUGGUCCGACUGGACCACCACGGAGUGGACUCGGACGAGAGUCAAUACGUGCCCUUGAUAAAGAGCCAGCCGUUUUUCCUCGAGGCGACACAGCAGACGCAGCGGCUCCCAGGGUUUGUGGACCACGAGGGCGAGGAGAGCCAAACGGUACGUUUCGACGUGGCCGGGUGGCCCCAAAUAUGAUAGGAAGUACAUUGGCUGAAGAAGGAUCCAAAUUUUGUGUGCGCAGUCAUCGCAAACUAUCCUGAACGGCUCGUCGCAAGUCAAGAAGGCCGUCGAUGCUGCGACACUGGACGUACCCUCGCAAGCAACGCCCAACGGACGGCUGACCCGAGCUGCCAGUCUCCGUGCGAGGACUGCAUCGCCCGGCCCCUCGGCGACAGCUCCAUCCGCAAGUGCUCCGUCGUUCAAGAAUUCUGACAGCGCUCGACCACCUUCCGCGUCCCAGCCUUUGCCGACGACCAGCUUCCGAGGGCAUGGUCGUGCUUCGUCGAUGCGCGCCUUGUCCCAGCUGGACGAAGCGACCCCUCGACGUUCGAUGCGGCAUGCCGGUCCUUCGACGAGUCAAGGUUCUACAUUUUCUGCGAGAGGCGCUGCGGUUCCUGCUUUGAGCUGGAUCAGGAAGGACGAUGAUGGCGAGAACGAGAGCGAAGACGACAGCAGUGAGGACGAGGAUCGCAAGGCGAACGGCACCUCGACCAGGCCUCGAAAGUCCAAGGUGUUGUGGAAUUAA